AUGGAGACAACAACAAUCCUCGACGCCCUCAACACCCGGCGCUCCUUCUACACCCUCACCGCAUCCUCGCCCAUCCCCGACUCCAAGAUCCAAGAAAUCCUCAGCACAAUCAUGCUCAAGACGCCCUCGGCCUUCAACUCCCAAACAACACGCACAAUCCUCCUCCUGAAAUCCGACCACCAGAAAUUCUGGGACAUCGUCAAGGAAGUCCUGCUGGCCAAAAUCGGCGCCGAGCGCUUCGUCCGCACGGGCGCGAAGCUCGAUACCUUCCGCGCGGCGUACGGGACCAUCCUCUUUUACGAACACACGCCCACGGUGACGGAGCUCAAGGGCCAGUUUAAGAGCUACGCCGAGCACUUUGAGGCGUGGUCUGAGCAGACGAGUGGCAUGCACCAGCUGCUUGCGUGGCUGGCGCUCGAGGCCGAGGGGCUCGGUGCGAAUCUGCAGCAUUAUAACCCGAUUAUCGACCCCAAGGUUGCCGAGGCGUUUGGGGUUCCGGAGGGGUGGAAGAUGAGGGCGCAGCUUGUUUUUGGGACUGCGGAGGGGGGUGUUCCUGAGGCGAAGGAGAAGAAGCCGUUGGAGGAGACGAUGAAGGUUUUUCUUGGGGAGCAGUGA